AUGUUCAUUCUUACCACCAUCUCCGAUCUGAUUCAGAUCGCGCCUCAAGACUUCUCCAAAUUCAGUGCAGUGGCGAUUGAAGAUAACAUUAAUGAGAAAUAUGCAAACAAAGUCAGUGGCUCUAAUUCUCGAGAGCUCUUCAGUGGAGAGGCAUUCUCGGUCAUUCAAAAGAUCGGCCUCUGCAUCAGCUUCUAUGAUCUGCUGGAGUCGUCAGAUGGCCUGAUCGGCCAUGGAACUGGCUUGGUCAAUGUUAAUGUCAAAUUCCGCAUGAUUGUCUUCCGACCUUUCAAAGGCGAGAUUAUGUUGGGCAAGAUUUCCAGUGGCACCGAGCAUGGCAUCAAAAUCAGUACAGAGUUCUUUAAUGACAUUCUAAUUCCUCCAGAUCUUCUGAUGGACGGUGCUAAAUUUGACUAUGCGGACCAGGUUUGGACCUGGGAUAAUGAUGGCACCCUAUUCUACCUAGAUGUGGGUGAAGUGGUCCGAUUCCGCAUCGAGACUGAGGAGUGGCACGAUCAGAUCCCUAAUGCACCGGAUCUCGGCGAUGAAACUCCCACAGAACGCAAGCCUGCCUACUCGAUCUUUGGUUCAAUGCACUUGGCCGGCCUGGGACCCACGGCUUGGUGGUAA